AUUUUUUCAAAUCUCCGUUUCUUUACUAAUUAACUUUUUAUGUCUUCCACAAAACUAACAAUACAACUUCUUGCUAGUGGUAGUCUAGUUUCAAGACUUCAUUAUGGCAUAUAUGCGGUAAACUGGUGGACUUUUAUUGAUAAAAAAAUGCCCAAUGAAGAGAAACAAAUAUGUAUACCGCUAAGGCUAAACAUGAGAGUCCAGUCAGAACUUAAUAAAACCAAAUUUAUUGUUCGUAUUGUUAGUGCAGAAGAUGGUAUUAAACCAGGUUAUGUCUGUGAAUCUGACGUAGCUGCAAAAGUUUAUCUAUCUGCUUCAGAAGCUAUAAAUAAAACCUACAACAACCUUUUCAAUAACAAAACACGAUAUCCAGGACCUUCCAUUUUAGGGUUUGAUAACGAAACUAUUAUUCAAGAACUAUUAUCCGAUGUUUUGUUUUUUCCUUUCAAAAUAAUGGUCGACAAACUUUCUAUUUUAGUUAUAAAAUUUGGUGAUUCAAAAAAAAAAAAUAUGGUUGGGUAUCAAUCAAGUUUUAUGUACAAAUACAAGGAAAAGCAAAGUCUUUUUUUACAAAAAAUUGAAAGUAAAAAUUAUUGUAUAGAGGUAUUUCAAAAGAAAGAAAGAAUCGCAUAUUACAUUGAUAUUUCACCAACUGAAGUUUGGAAGAAAACGGGAAUACUGAAAAAUUAUAAUGGCAAUGUUUUAUUUGGAAUCGAGCAUCCCAUUACGAUCAAUGUUUUGAAAAAUUAUGAAAAAUUACCAAUAUGUAGCGUGAAUGAAUGGGAUAAUAUUGAAAUAAUAACCCAAGCAUUCGAACAGCAUCUAAAACGUAGAACUAUUGCUGAUCUUAAUUGGCAUAAGUUUUUUAUUGAGUGGAAAGAGCAAGAGUCAAGUAUUAUAGAAUUUAUGACGCAUCUUAAACCACUAUAUCCACCAAACUAUGAAUUUACUGAUCGGGAAUUACGCGCUUGGAGAAAGAUGAUGAAAAGCGUAGGCUGUACAAAUAUAACGCCCUAUAAAAAGGAAGAGUCUAAGCCUGAAUUUUGGACUUGUGCUGUUGAUCCCAGUAGUGAUCACGCUGCACUUCUAUACUUGUUUGACAAGGGUUUAUUAAAUGGUGUUUAUAAAAAUGAACCUGAGUUUAUAGAAAAAAACAAUCAAUUGAAAGUAAUAAUCGAUAAAUUCUGGAAUUGUUUUAAAGAAGCGAUUGGAGUUAAUAAAUGCGGACUGGAUGGAAAGCAACGGAUUCUUUCUAUUAUUACAGAAACUUUUGGAUUUAGAGAAAUACAAAAAAAAUUGCAGAUUUCUAAUGAUUUAAUUAGUACUGCAAAGAAAUAUAGUCGCGUAAAUGGUCCAGGAUGUCCUGCAAAAAUUAAACCGGUUGUAACACGAAACUAUAUUUCUGAAAUAAAAGACAAAGAAUUCGAGAGCUUUUUUUCUGAUAAAGAUAAUGUCACAAUGAGUUCUUAUCGUGUUGAUCCAAAAACCAGCCUGCCGUUACUAUAUCUAAAAGAUAGUAAAGAAACCCUUUGGCAAAAAUUCGAAGCAGCUUAUCCUGAUGGAAUAAAGAGGACUUCUUUUAUGGCACGCUUAUCUAGUGGUCGUUAUGUUUAUCGAAAAGACUUGGGUGGAUUAUGUAAUAUAUGUAAUGAAUACUGUUACGAAGUGUUUGAUACGUUAAUUAAUUUGGUACGACUACAUGUAAAAAAGGAAUCACGGGUAUAACAA